AUGGACGAUUUCGAAGAUUUUGAGAUUACUCAAGACAUCUUAACUCAGAUCGAAAAUAUAGAAAUCAAUCUUCUCGACAAAACUUUAAGCCUAAAUUCUGAUGAAGAAAAUAUUCAACCCCUCCGAUCGAAUAAGAGGCGCCUGCGGAUCCUGUCAACAAGUGAAGGUAGUGAUGCUGAAAAAGGUCGCGCUAUCCAAGAUUUAGAAAGUAGUUCAUCAUCUAAGUGGACAGAACCCAGAGGUAAUCAACGCAAUGUUGAUUCCUUUCACUGA